UAAAUAAAUGUCAUGUGCAGUCUACAUAGAUGUUAGUGUAUGGAAAGUGCUGCAAUUAACAAAGAAGCAUGUAUCUCAUAUCCGCAACUAUAUGCACUGCCCUUUGCAUGGCAUCAGUGUCAGCAUUUGAUUUGGGUCCUCUCAAUACCACUGUUGAAAUUGGAAAAUUCAAUAACCCAUCACCUGAGCAUGUGACAGCAUCCAAAAACUUGAUAGUAUUACUUGAAUAUUUACGAAGACUAAUGCCGGUUGGUAUAAUCCAUAUCGUGCCUCCUAUGGAACCUUAUGUACGAGAAUCGUUACCUCCAGCUAAAUUUGAUAAUCCCAUUUCACAGCUAAAAGGUUUAGUGGAGUUAUCGAACCUGGUGGUUUCUGGAGCUAACAAGUUUACUAUUCACGACAUCAGAGUACAAAUGGAAAGCGCAAUAGUGGAAUUUAAUAUAGCUGUCCCUAAAGUGGUUGCAGAUAUUGAUUAUAUGACCACAAAUUUCAUAUAUGAUGACGUCUAUGUCUUCAAUGCAUCUGGACAUGUGCACAUAACACUGGAAAAUUUACAUGUCGAUGGAGCAUUAUGUGCCGCAGUAUUACUUCGAGAUGGCAAGGCCUCUCCGAGUUACUCAAUAGCCGGUUUAAACGUGAUGAAUAGCGCAGAUAAUGUACAGACCGACGAGGACGUAUCCCAUCUGCCCGCCUCCAUAAUAGACGAAAUUAAAGAUGUCCUUUUUGUAUCUGUGGCAGAAGCAGCAAUCGAAGAUAUGGACCAUAUUUUAGACUAUUUCAGCCAAGCACAAGUUCUAAAGUUUCUUGACAAUGACGUCACACCGUUAGAGUCAUAGUAUAUAUGAACAAAAAUGGAAGUAUUCACAUUGACUGAAGGCCGUCAUGAUUAUAUUAUUAAUUACGUGUUAUUUUGUAUGUUAUUAUUAUAUAGCUACCUAUGUAUAUCUAUAUAAAUUUAUUAAAUUAAUUGAUUACUUAUAUUAAAAAACCUAAAAUCCACCUAACUUACGUGAUUUCUCGGUAUGCGGAUAACAGUGAUCCUUCGAACUACAUCGAAAUUCCUUCCUCAGUCAAUAAAAUUAAGAUUGUAAUUAUUAUUAAGUACAACAGAUAGACAUAUAAUACUUGUAGGUUAACGCAUACAUUCUGUAAUUAAUGGUUAAGUCUGAACUAUUUUCCCCCUGAUGUUAUUCUUCGUCUCUGCAUAUUAUGAUCAUAAUUAUUUACACUUGGGUCUUAUGUCACUGAAAUAGGUCGAUAAAAUUUAAAAUUGGUAACAAAUAUAUACUCAAGAAUUCAA